AUGUAUACAUGCAAUUAUUCAUUUCCGGUGUGUAGCUCUAGCUCAUCACAGAGGCCUUCUCUCCCUGUAAAAUAUGAUUUCUCCAGCUUUAUUGGAACCUUUCUUCCAUUUCCAUCCAAGCCACUGCUGAGAAAGCUGAAGAAAAUCUUAACCGGGGUACCUGAAACAAUCAAGAAGAAUGCGGUGGAACUGAUAGAUGCAUUUGUUGACUUGGCGUUUGAUUUUGUUGAUCAGCCAUUGCUCCCGUCUCAGACAAAUUUUGCUCCGGUAGAAGAGCUGGAAGGGUGUAUUCAUGUAGCGGAUAUAGAAGGGAUUAUUCCAGACGAUUUUCCCGACGGAGUUUACAUCAGAAACGGACCGAACCCACUUUUUGGAGGAUACAAAUCAGCAAUUUCUAUGUUUGGAAAAUCAAGCCAUACAUGGAUAGAAGGAGAAGGAAUGCUUCAUGCAAUAUAUUUUAAUAAACUGAGCAGUGGCACCAGGACCAUUUCAUACAAAAACAGAUAUGUCCAAUCAGAUACAUUCAAAUAUGAAAUAGCAAGAAGAAAGCCUGCUUUCCUUCCAGCAAUCGAAGGAGAUUCACCAGCUGUUUUUUCUGCUCUUAUGCUGAACUUGUUGAGAUUUGGCACUGUUGACAAAUUCCUUAGCAAUACCAACGUUUUUGAGCAUUCUGGGAGAUUCUAUGCGAUUGCUGAGAAUCAUGCACCUCAAGAAAUUGACAUCAAGACACUUGAAACUAUAGGAAAAUGGGACCUUCAUGGAGCUUGGGAUGGACCCUUUACCAGCCACCCCAAGAAAGUUUUAUCAACAGGAGAACUUGUAGUGUUUGGGGUUAGUGCACAAAGGCCACAUAUGAAGCUGGGAGUCCUAUCAGCUGACGGGAGGAAAAUGAAACAUCAAGUGGACCUUGGACUAAAAAGGUGCACUCUUUGCCAUGACAUAGGGGUUACAGAAAGCUAUAAUGUGAUCAUGGAUUUUCCGCUAACUAUAGACAUGAAUCGACUGAUGACUGGUGGCCCACUAAUAAGGUAUGAGACAGAAGGAUAUGCAAGAAUUGGAGUAAUGCCUCGUUAUGGAGAUGCUAAGUCCAUCAGGUGGUUUGAGGUGGAAGCAUGCGCUGCACUUCACAUGAUUAAUUGUUUCGAGGAUGGUGAUGAGAUUGUGGUGAUGGCGUGCAGAGCUCGUGGAUCAAUUAUACCAGGACCUGAAUUUGGUUCUAACAAAUUUGAGUGGUUUUCCAGAGGUUUUAAGCAUAUAAGGUCAGUAGAUACAUCUCAGAAAGAUUUACAGGAUGGAGCAUUUUUUAGUCGUGUUUAUGAGUGGAGAUUGAACAUUGAAUCUGGAGAGGUUAAAGGAAGAUAUCUUACUGGGACAGAGUUUUCUAUGGAAUUCCCUGUUAUAAAUGAGAAAUUUACUGGUGUUAAAAAUAAAUAUGGAUACACACAGGUUGUUGAUUCUACGGCAAGCUCAAACUCAGGGAUGGCAAAAUACGGUGGACUUGCAAAGCUUUAUUUUGAAGACAAAGCAUUUGACCUUUCACUGUCCAUGAAGGUUGAGCGUCACAAGUUUCAAGAAAACACAUUUUGUUCAGGAGCCACCUUUGUCCCUAACUCUGUUGGUGUUGAAGAGGAUGAUGGUUGGAUCAUCGCGUUUGUACACGAUGAACGGACUAAUAUAUCUCAGGUCUAUGUCAUUGAUGCCAAGAAGUUUGCAAGUGAACCAAUUGCCAAGAUCACGCUUCCAAGUAGAGUGCCGUAUGGUUUUCAUGGAGCUUUUCUGGCAUUAUGUUCACAAGGCUAG